AUGACCCCCCGCCCUGUCGAGAAGAAUCGCGACUGCACACAGCGAGGGAAGAGCGAGAGAGGCCAGGACACGCCUGAGAAGGCUGGGGAAGACGAGCAGCGAGACGCUUCCGACCAAGAUGGAGAGGCGGAAAGGCUGAAACGGAGACGAGAACGGUCAGAUCCAUUGGGAUCCACGGAGAACAUGGAAGACAACGGACCGAGGCGCGCGCUUAUUACAGGCAUUACUGGCCAAGACGGAUCGUACCUCAGCGAAUUCCUUCUGGAGAAGGGUUACGAAGUGCACGGCAUUUUGCGCCGGUGCAAACUGAAGCUGCAUCACGGAGAUUUGCUGGACAGUUCCUGCCUCUUCAGCAUCGUCGCCUCUGUUCGGCCCCAUGAAAUCUACAACCUUGCUGCACAAAGCCACGUGAAGGUGUCUUUUGAGAUGCCGGAAUACACCUCGGAGGUCACAGGCCUAGGCACGCUACGCCUGCUGGAGGCUGUGCGCACGGCAGGUCUUUCGAAACACACUCGCAUCUAUCAAGCAUCGACUUCGGAGCUCUUCGGUCGCGUCCAGGAGACUCCACAGUCAGAGACGACACCCUUCUACCCGCGCUCGCCCUACGGCAUUGCGAAGCUUUAUGCGUACUGGACGGUGGUGAACUACAGAGAGAGCUACGGGAUUUUCUGCGUCAAUGGAAUUCUCUUCAACCACGAAAGCCCUCGACGCGGAAAGACCUUCGUCACUCGAAAAAUCACGAGGGCUGUUGCCCAGAUUGUUAAGGUGAAGCAAAAAGAGAGAAACAUCAGGGGGCUUCAGGCGAAAGACACUGGGGUCCAAGAUCGCCUCGUGCUGGGUCACCUCGACAGCUGGAGAGAUUGGGGCCAUGCGAAGGAUUACGUCAAGGCCAUGUGGAUGAUGCUGCAACAGGACGCUCCCCAGGAUUUCGUUAUCGCAACAGGCGAGCAGCACUCCGUCCGGGAGUUUUGCGAGAUUGCGUUCGGCUUUGCUGGCCUUUACGUCGAGUGGGAGGGCGAAGGCUUAAAUGAGAAGGGUUUGGACAAGGACACAGGCAGGGAACUGAUCUCUGUGUCGCCGGUUUACUUCCGCCCUGCAGAGGUCGAAAGUCUUCUUGGGGACGCGAGCAAGGCGAAAGCGAUGCUGGACUGGCAGCCUACCACGACCUUCUACGAGCUAGUGUACGACAUGCUGCAGUCGAGCUUUGAAGAGGUCGGUUUGACGCUCCCUUCCUUCACCGAGUGCAUGGCUCGAGUGUCUCUCUCGCCCGGUGGAGGGAAGAUCCCAAACGCCGCAGAUGUAGACUCCGAGGCUUAA